AUGGGUACAUUACAAAACAUAAGUGAGUCUGUGAACAAUAGUGUUUUUAUUUCCGACGCGGAUCUGGCUUCAGUGAAAUUGUUCGAAGCGUAUCCGGAUGGGCUGAUGAAACUCGCUACGGCUUGCUGCGUUAUCUUCAUGAUGAUAGGGAUACCUGGCAACAUCAUCACCAUCGUGGCAUUGGCACGCUAUGAAAAAGUGAGGAACGCAACAGCCAUUUUUAUAAUGGGUUUAUCCUGCACUGACUUGCUGUUCUGCUGCUUCAAUCUGCCACUCGCCGCUUCAACCUUCUGGCACAAAUCUUGGAUCCACGGCGGUACCCUGUGUCGAAUGUUCCCGCUGGCCCGAUAUGCCCUGGUUGCAGCAUCUUUGUUCACUGUCUUGGCGAUAACAAUCAAUAGAUAUGUUAUGAUAGCACACCCAAGACUUUAUCCCAAAUUAUACAAGACGCGUAAUAUAGCCAUCAUGCUUAUUAUAAUAUGGGCAAUAUCAUUUGCUAUAAUGAUACCGACUUGGUUCCGGAAAUGGGGGCAAUUUGGAUUAGACGUCAGUAUUGGAUCGUGUUCAAUACUUCCAGAUGAAAAAAAUAGAUCACCAAAAAAAGUUCUAUUUCUUACAGCGUUCACAUUGCCGUGUGUGGCUAUAAUAAUUUGUUAUGCCCGAAUAUUUUUUAUAGUCAGAAAAGCAACAAAAAGGUCAAUGAACACACCACAUAGAGUGCAAAAUGUGGAAGAAUUGUCGUCAACAGAAACCUCCACAUCAAUGACCGCGCGAAUAACUGCUGACUGCAGUAGCAGCUAUAACACAGAACGAAAUGAAUCUCGUUUAGGUGAUCAAAGCCCAAGAUUGCAGCGAUGCACUACAUUUAAACUUGAAACGAGAGACGAAACCAUCCAAAAUUCAGACGACCCCAAACAAGAGCCCUCCAGACUACGAAGAACCGCAUUACGAAAGUCUAUGGCACUUCUCAAGCUUUCAUUACCAACUCGAAAAGACAGGAGACUGGGAACAAUGAUUAUGGCUAUAAUGACGUCUUUUUGCUUGUGCCAUCUACCUAUAACUAUAACCAAAGUUCUGCAUGAGAUAACGCCAAAUCCAGCUUCCAACAUUGCAGCGUACCUCUUGUUAUAUUUGGCGUCUAGUAUCAACCCUAUUAUUUACGUUGUAAUGUCGAAUGAGUACAGAAAAGCUUAUAAGAACUUAUUCAGACGACGAACUAAGGCGUCUCUAUCGCUUAGGAAUAAAAAUAAAAAUCCAUCA